ACACGUUGGACAGCCACACCAACAACACAUACACACACAUUUGAGGCUUGAGCUGUGCGAUUAUCGACGAUUAAAAAAAAAUAUUAAUUUUAACAAAAUCAACCGAUAAAAUUCUAAUAGUAUUUAAACGUAAAUAAUAAUUAUUAUUAUAAUGGAGUUUGUAUUCAGUUCUUUAACGUACUUGUUGCUUUUCGUGUUAACCGCCGUAUUAUUGUUCCUGAUUCGAGACGAAUUGAAAACGAAACAAGUGGACCACAGAGCUGGUCUCGUCGACCCUCCCGCACCCAAAGCGUGGCCGAUAAUUGGCCAUUUGUACCUGAUGGCCCGGUAUAAGGUACCGUAUCGAGUGUUUGACGAAAUUAUGGCUGACUUGGGGUCCGUUUUCCGCUUGGAUCUGGGAUCGGUACCGUGUGUUGUCGUCAACGGAUUAAACAACAUCCGCGAGGUUUUAAUGAUAAAAGGCGACCAUUUCGACAGCCGCCCUUCAUUCCGCCGGUUCAACCAGUUGUUCAAAGGCGAUAAAAACAACUCUCUGGCGUUUUGCGACUGGUCUCAGCUACAAAAAACUCGAAGAGAACUACUCAGGGCUCAUACUUUUCCUAACACCACGUCCAACAUGUACACCCGAUUGGACACGUGUUUGAAAACCGAACUGGCUGAUUUAACAGACACCUUAGACACCAUGGCCGACACUGAAUGUGUAGACAUCAAGAACAUGUUGCUCCAUACGUGUGCCAACGUAUUCAUGUCGUACUUUUGUUCCACCCGCUUCUCCAGAUCCUACGACAAGUUCAGAGAGUUUAUCCGAAACUUUGAUGACGUGUUUUACGAGGUAAACCAAGGAGCGCCCUGUGACUUUCUGCCCAGUUUGAUGCCACUGUACCACUGGCAUUUCAAAAAAAUAAGAUCAUGGAGCUCAAAAAUCCGCAAUUUCAUGGAAACCGAAAUAUUCAACAAGAGGAAAGCUGCGUGGGUGCCGGGCACCAAGCCAGUGGAUUUCGUGGACAACUUGCUCGAUGCCGUCACGCAGCCCGACCGGGAUGACGGAUUCGACAUGAACAUUGGGCUGUUUUCACUAGAGGACAUAAUCGGUGGUCAUUCAGCCAUUACGAACUUCAUUGUAAAGACGUUGGGAUUCCUGGUGGACAGACCGGACGUGCAGCGGCGCAUUCAAGAGGAAGCGGAUGCCGUGAUUCGGGCUUCCGGGUCCGUCGGGCUCUCCGACCGAUCUCAGAUGCCGUACACCGAGGCUGUUGUUUACGAAUCACUGCGGCUGAUCGCCUCGCCAAUCGUACCGCAUUUGGCCAACAGAGACACUUCGGUUGAUGGAGUCCGGAUCCGAAAAGGCACGACGGUGUUCUUAAACAACUACAGUCUACACAUGAGCCCGGAACUGUGGAACAACCCCGAACACUUCAGCCCGGAAAGGUUCAUAAACGCGGAAGGGAGGUUAGAGAAGCCGGAGUACUUCAUACCGUUCAGCGGUGGAAAACGGUCGUGCAUGGGAUAUAAGUUGGUGCAGCUAUUGUCGUUCUGCACUAUUAGCACGCUGCUCAACAAGUAUACAUUGCUUCCGGUUGAAGACGUAUCGUACGCCGUGCCAAAAGGGAACCUGGCAUUGCCGUUCGUCACUUUUCCCUUCCGGCUCAGACCCAGGAUCUCCCGGAAACAGUGAGUCGAAAUCUGUUUGAAACGCAGGUGGUCCUGCAGUGGAUAAGAAAAUUACGCGCCUUCAGCGACACGGAUUAAGCUUUUGUGUGUGUGUGUGUGUGUGUGUGUGUGUGUGCAAGUUUAUAUUUGUGAAAAUGUGUGUGUAUGGCAAUUAUUUGGUGAGUCCUGCGUAACUUUAGGCCCACUCCAAUUAUUGUGUUGUAGGAGUGUGUGGUUUUGCAGUUACGUGUGACGACUACGUGUAAUAGCUAUAUAGUUUGUCCAUCCGUAUUAAUGGUAAUAGCGAUUGCUGAUUAAUUUAUAGACCGGAAAAUGUUACCAAGAUAGUUUCGAAAUAAAUUAUUUAUGUUGAUUAUUUUAUUUAUUUAUUAUUUUUGUUCACGUCGGUAUGAUUUAGUAAAU